AUGAACAGACGACCUAGACGACAACAUCGUGGCAAACGACCCUUCCGGGUCUUUCAAGCCAAUGUCGGAAAGAAUGGCCCCUCGCACGAUUGCGCACUCGCCCUUGCUGACGCGGAACGAUACGAGGUCAUACUACUACAGGAGCCCUGGACGCAAGUCCGCGACUCCCGCUGCCUCACCAAGACACAUCCUGCGUAUGACACCUACUCACCGGUCGGCACCUGGGAAGACAACGACACGCGACCGCGCGUCAUGACAUAUGUUCGCCGUGGCGCAAGACUCUUAGCCGACCAGCAACGUCCCGCUUACUCUCGAGACAUCCUCUGGCUCGCGAUCAACGGCGUAACGGUGGUGAACAUCUAUCGGGAACCGCACGUUGACACCGCCCUUGGAAUUCUGUUCGCAUGGCCGAUACCCAGCCAGUGCAUCAUCGCGGGCGACUUUAACGCGCGGCAUCACACGUGGCAGUUCGGGCCCUCUCACGGUCAUGGCAACAGCAUUGCGGCCUGGGCCUCCGAGAACGAUCUCUCGCUCCUCAACCCGAUUGACACCCCGACCAACGCCCAUGGCAACACGAUCGACCUCGCCUUCUCGAACAUUGUUCUCGCCCAGGCGACUGUAGAAGACCACCUAGCGACAAGCUCCGACCACUUCACCCUGAGCAUCUCUCUUCCCGCUCUGACACCAGCAAAGCUACCCAAGGGCAAGAUCCUGCUAGCCACUGACGACGAGUUGAAGCGCUACACAGAAAACAUAGAGGCCGGGAUUGCGACGAUCCCUGUUGCGGCAUCGACCCCAGGUGACCUCGACUUGCUGUCGAACGCGAUCAUCGACCUGAUGCAAACAGCCGCCCGCGCCGCGGGUAGACAAUCCCAGCGGCAGCCAACGGGAGCUCCCUGGUGGAACGAGGAGUGCAUAGCCGCCGUGGCCGAGCUCCGUUGUGUGAGGCGCGCCUUCCCCUUGGGCUUCAAUUACGAGGUACAAACCGCCCGCCGCGAACUGAGAGUCGUUGUCCGAAGAGCCAAAAGGGCGUACUGGCGCAAUCUCAUCAACGGAGUCCAGGAGGGCAAGGAUAUCUUCAAAGUCACGCGCUGGCUGACAAGCUCGGGCGUGUUCCGUCCCCCACCGCUGCAAGUGGGCGAGACGAUCGUCGAGACUCAGACUGGCAAGGCCGAAGCUCUGCGACAGGCCACCCUUGAGCGGAGGACGGCCGCCGACGAUAUUUCCGACCCAUGGAUACCCGUGGAUGUCACCACGCACAUUCCCUUCCAAGCAGAUGUACCGAUCGAAGAGGUCCAAGACUCUCUGCUCCGCACAGGCAAUACCUCACCCGGAGCCGACAACAUCACGGUGCGCCUACUUCGGACGGCAUGGCCUGCCAUCGGCAAACACGUCCAGCGCCUGUACCAGGGAUGCCUUACGAUAGGCUAUCACCCUCGGAGAUUCAAGGAAGCAGAAGUCGUCAUGAUUGAGAAGCCCGGCAAACGGGACCUCUCCAAGCCCCGCGCCUGGAGACCGAUAUCUCUGCUGUCCUGCCUCGGCAAAGGGCUUGAGAGGUUCAUCGCUCGCCGCCUCGCCUGGGCCUCAAUCCAUUAUGGCGUCCUGCAGCCCCAACAGAUUGGUGCGCUCCCAAAGCGGUCAGCAGUAGACCUGGUCGCCGCCCUCAUACACGAUAUCGAGGUGGCUCUAUCCCGCGGCAUGGUCGCUACAUUGGUUACUAUGGACGUACAGGGCGCCUUCGACACCGUCAUGCGCAACAGGCUCAUCCUGCGUCUGCGUCAACAGGGAUGGCCACUGAACCUUGUGAAAUGGGCCGCUUCCUUCAUGCAAGCCCGCUCAGCAGCCGUAAGGUUCCAGGAUAUCACAACGCCGCCGUCCCCGCUCGAAUGUGGCCUGGCUAUCUGCUUAUUUGACAAUUAA